GAGACACCGACAGUCCGCCGCCACGGAGUUGGAGUGUGAGUCUGGAGUAGUGAGUGAACGAGUCUGGACUAGCGGGCUAGCCCGGUUCCGAGUCAGUCAGUGUGCCACCGGCGACCGUAGCCACGGCGCGGAGAACGUGGAUACGCUUCGACAGUUGCUCUGCUGCGUGCUCGGACUCUCUCGUGUUUUUCUCUCCUUCUUUUUUUCGGUCUUGUCUUUCUCUCUCUCUGUCUCUGUCUCUUUCGCUCUUUCUUUUUCUCUUUCUCUCUUACUAUUUCCUUCACUUUUCUCGAUCCACGCGAAAAAUUGACGUGCAAAGUGCGAUUAUAUCGGUACGCGCGGGAGAUUCCCGGUCCCGUCCCGAGUGAACUGCGAACUGAGAGAUUGCUGUUCGAGGAACGUAGAGGAGGAGGAGGAGGAGGAGGUUCGUCGCCAAGUUUCGCGGUGAGCCAGCCGUUGCUCGGGGGAAUGAUCGAACGAUCGCGGCGCAAGCGAUCCAACGGAGCGGCGUGAACGUCGCUAGUAUCGGAGAGAGAUCGUGUUUGCCGCGAGAUUCGCCGCGCCGGUUGAGUAUCCGGCUGUGCGUCACGCGCGCCACACCGCUCCGCACCGUUCCGCGCCGCGCCGGAAGAGUUGCGCGCACCUCCCACGAAGAUAGAUCUCUUCCCUUUCGACCGACCAGUAUCUCGAUCGUCUCCCGUUGUUGUUGUUGUUGCUGCUGCUGCUGCUGCCUCUCCUCUGUUCGCGGAACUUCCGGAUCUGCUUCGGGAUCUCACAGUGGAUCGAGUGCGGCACGUUGUGGAUAUAUACGUUAUACCGAGAGAACCACGGUGACUCGAGAGUCCUAUCGGUAAUAAUAUCGUACAGUGAAUGAUGAUUCGACGAGAGUGACGGUGUGUCUUCUUGGGAAUCGGAGAGAGCGAAAGCAAAAGAAACGUAAAACGAAAAAUAAAAAAAAACAGCGUUCUCAUAGUUCCGAGAUUCCGCCGAGAUUCCGUAUGUCCCGGUGAUCGAGGAUUUCGCGGUUGUGAUAUGUUCGAUCGCGCGCCAGUGUCCAGCGAGAAUCGUUAGAGCGGUUUUUAUGAAAAAGAUGGUAGCGACGAGCGUGCCGCGGUGGUAGCCGGGGCGUUUGAUACGCAGGGCGCGGGGACACAGUCGGCUUCGGGGGAAGGGUGACGCGGAUAAAGGUGGCGGUGAGAAACGGCGGCAACGAUGCUGGAGGAUCAGCCGUUGGACUUGAGCGUGAGGGUGGGCGAUUACGCGGAGUUCUCGAGGGACGAGAACGAGCACGAGCAGGAACAAGAGCGCAAGGAGCCGAUCGACGAUUACGGGAACGCGGCCGCGGCCCUGAGGCUCCGGGGAUGCUUCGUCGCCGCGUCCUCCGGCGAGUACGCGAACGAGAGGGAGGACCGUACCUGUUCCGAGGACUCGGACGACUCGUGCUCCGACAACAACCAGAAGGACGGCACGACGAGGUCGAGGUCCAGGCCGCCAGGCACCAAACCCUACAAGAAGAACCUUAUGAGACGAUACCUGGACACCAGGGAAGUCCAGCCACACGAUGCUAGCGAGAAGGAGCAGCUCGGCUUGGCGAGCGUUAAAGCGGAGCCAGGAUCGACCGGCACGACGACGACCACCACGGGGACUCGUCUGUUGCACGGUAUUCUCUCCCAGCAUCCCCAGCAGCACGGUCUAGGGGUGCAGAACGGAUACGGCCGCCACUUGGCCGGCCAUGCUCAGAUAGGCCAACCGCCCUACACCACUGCCACUAUCGCUUCGACGAGUACGCCAGGAAGCGGAUCACUGCCAGCGAGCCCCGCGGACAGCGGAGUCAGCGACGUCGAGUCCAGCACGUCCUCGGGCGCUAACGAGGACGCGAAUCUCUUACUGAAGACCAGGCUCAACCCUAACACGUCCCUCCAGCCGAGCCUGGCGUCCCAUCACUCUCAUUUGUCGUCAGCAGCACUCGGCAGGUCAGCCUGUCACAGUCCUGGCGUUUAUCCGUCGACGGCGGGCUUCCUGCCGCCCUCCUAUCACCCCCAUCAGCAUCAUCCCUCCCAGUACCAUCCGCACAGAGGGAGCUCGCCGCACCAUCAACACGGGAACCACGCCAUGGGACCGGCCAUGGGACCGCCGCACCACCAUCACCACCAUCAAACGCAGAGCCUCCAGCACUUGCAUUACCGCCAGCCUCCCACACUGUCCGAGAGCUACAGCAGUUACGUGAACUCGAUGUACGCGAGCGGGGGUCAGUUCGCGACCCCGUGCACCCCGAGUCCGCCGCGGGGCCACGGGGGCGUGCCGACGAGCGUGAUCCAGGCGGCGACCAGCUCGGUGUCCGACGACCUGUACCUGCUCGAGCUUGGUUUCCCGCCGCGGUCGAAGAAGAACAAGCUGAAGAAGCCCCGGCAAGGGGACGGCGCCGCGGUCAAGAGGAAAUCCCGCGAGGGCUCGACGACUUAUCUGUGGGAGUUCCUGCUGAAGCUGCUCCAGGACAGGGAGUACUGUCCGCGGUACAUCAAGUGGACGAAUCGCGAGCGGGGCGUGUUCAAGCUGGUCGACAGCAAAGCGGUGUCCCGGCUGUGGGGCCUGCACAAGAACAAACCGGACAUGAACUACGAGACGAUGGGCCGGGCGUUGCGUUACUAUUAUCAGCGCGGCAUCCUGGCGAAGGUCGACGGACAGAGGCUGGUCUAUCAGUUCGUGGACGUGCCGAAGGACAUAAUCGAGAUCGAUUGCACCGGCGCGUGAGACAGGGCCCCCGAGGGCCCGAGGGAGCACGACAGAGCACGGCCAACCCGUGACAAGGCCCGUACGGGCGUUCGCGCGGCGAUCGUUAGGACGAUCAUCGUCGCGCCGGCGAACGGCUCUUCCUGCCACGAUGCGCCAACAUGGCACACCCCUCAGACGAUCUAAAGCGAUCGUGUACCGAUGCCCUCUCUCUGACUUCGUUUGUUCCUUGUAUCAUAUUAUAUAUAUAUAUAUGUAUUAUAUAUGUAUAUGUAUAUGUAUAUAUAUAUAUAUAUAUACAUGUAUAUAUAUAAAGCAAACCUAUAGAGAUAUAUGUAUAUUGAAGAGGCGCGAGAGGAUGAUCCUUCGCAUCAGCCAGCCGCGAGAAGGGUGGUGGACACAAAAGCCUCCUCUUCGGGCUGCCGUCGAAUUUCGUCCUCCUCCUUGGUCUUUCUUUUAUUUUGAUUUUCCUUUACUUUUUAUUUGUUACGUUUCGACGAUCGACACGUCGAUGGUAAUCGUACUAAGCUUUACAACGUGGAGGAGAUACGGUAUGUGUGUAUGUAUAUAUGUGAUAAGCGUACAUGUAUAUACAUAUGGAUGUACGGGGGAGGAGGAGCGUCGAGCUCGUUCGAAAGGAAAGAAAGAAAGAAAGAAAAAAGAAGAAAAUUUGUACAAAAUAUUUCGGGUUCUAGCGAGAACAACAAUGGUACCCCACGGCGUUGCUGCGAUGACGAUAUAUUCGCGGUGCGUGCGAGGAGCGGAUUCGAGGAUGUAUGCGGCGUGUUUUGUUAAACGGAUAUCGCGGAUCGCGGGAUAGAGUAAAACGUAUGAAUCUAGUACGGACAAAUUUACUUAAACGUAUGGACGUAUAGUCGGAGGAGACGGUGUAGGCGAACACAAUUGUACAUUCGAGAGCGCGAUAAAUUAUUUAUUGUAUAUUAGACGGUUAUAUAUGUUACCUAGAGACAACAAAAAUGGAAAAAUAACGGGAGGGAUUUUUGUUACGCAACGCGUCGUCGAGCGGGAAACACGAGGGAAAAGAGGAGACCAGACACACAGGCACACUCGCGCACACGUACACGCGUACAUACCACACACGUUAUACUCUACACGCUCAUUCAUUCGCUUUUACACAGUGACGCGACGUGAAGUGUUUUUUACGGACGUAAGAAUUAGAAAAGAGAAAACAAAAAUACGAAACGAAAUGAGGGCUGUGAAAAGAUUCGGAAAACGGAGGAGAGAAGAGGAUCGGGCAGAUUAAACGACGUGUGUAACAAGUUUCGUGGGGGCGAGCUCAGGGAGGGGACUACGGACACACGGACGCACACAGACGCGUAUAACACACACACAUACAGAAACGCAUACAACGUACACAGACAGACGCGUACAACACACACACGUUCACCCAUCCACACACGUACACACUAUAUUUUUUUAAAUAUAAGCGAAAAGGGCGACUCUUCUAUUCGAGCUGAGGGUUCAACAACGUAAGGUGCUGGCUAUACACACGAGGUCCAAGAAUGUUAUUUAGCAAGCUAGUGUUACUAAUUCAUAAAAAAAAAGAUUAUUGAAACAGACAUUAUAUAUCUCUGUAUAUAUAAAAGUACACCAUUAGUAUAUAUAUUAUUGAAUAUUAUAUAUAUAUAUAUAUAUUAUAUGAAUAUAUAUUGUAUGUUAUGUAGUAAAUGGAGCGAGUUAAUGUGUCUCUAUGAGAUUUUCUUUUCCGUCACGUCGGAACUAGAGGAAGUUGCACGACAGCGACACCGUGUAUCGACGCAGCGACGUGUCCGAUCUGUUUUGUCCGGCGAGGCUACGAACUCGCCUACUAAUCUUUCCUUGUUUUCUUCUUUUUUUUAUACCUCGGCGCCGAGACCAAACGGAACAAAUUUGGGCUCUGCGCCCUCUAACGCACACCGUUGUUAUGCUCAUGCGAAUGAUCGGAGACGUCGUUCGGCCCGUUCGCCGCCCCCGCCCCCACCCCCGUGCGAGCGAGAGACAGGGUGUCGAGAGAUGCCGCAUUUGUAAUAAUACCUCGAACCAUCCAUGAAACAUCAUUGUACAAUUCAUUGCGAACGGAGCGACGGGGUGCGCGGCGAACGGGUCGGGUAGGACCCGUCCGUGAACGAACAUCGUGGUUCGCGGAUGAGUUCGCGGGAACUUUGGACGGGUCCUUCGGGUCGUGAGCGAUUUACGCGACCGGACAGCCGAUGAGCGGCUGCGAUCCCGGCGAGAGAAAUUCCGUGUCCCUUUUCGUUUCUCAUCCCUCUCCCCCAUCUCCCCCCGCGCACGAGGUAUAAUAAUUAAAGAGCGGAUCACCGAUUAAGAGCGAUAUCACAUUUCGACGUGUACGCGUACAACUGCCAAAUAUUAAUCAUCGGACACCGUUUCGAAAAAGAGAUUUCCCUUUUGCCCGGCGGCGGGCUGUCCGGUCGCGUUUAUGCGAGCGCGCGUGUGCACUCCGCGAACACUUCAGCGGGGCGUCCAGAGCACGAUAAGUUAGAGUGAAAUUUAAUUUAUUCGACGCCCCCGCGCGCCGCGGCCACCCCAGAAUUCACACCCCCGUCCCCAUAACCCCGGAGAUCUUCUUUCACCGCCCUCCCCGGACCCCGAGGACGUGACGUGCGAGUGCAAGCGUAUCCUAUAGAUCGUAAGUUUUUGUACAUAAAAGAAAUUCGUUGAGAAUAUACUUAGGAAGAACAUUACGCUGGUUAACGUUCGUGAAACUGUGGAAGUAAUACAAAAGAGAAAUAGGAGAGAAUACGAGAGUGUUUGCGAGAGAGAGAGAGAGAGAGAGAGAGAGAGAAAGAAAGAAAGAACAGAGAGAAAGAGACACAGAGAAAGAGAGCCAAGUGAUAGUUUUCCUCGAAGAGGGCCACGGUUCUUCGGCGAAUCACCUCCAAAAAUGAAAAUCAUUUCGUGGACGACGAAAGGACGAAAGGGACGGAGACAGAGGAAGGAAUCAUAGUUGUAUAAUGAUAUAUAAGAGCGAAAGAGACGAAAUAUUAUACGUGAAAGAGUAGAGAUGAACGAAGAAAAAAAAAUAGAGUGAAAAAACGAUCAAGUGCUGCCAAUAAUGCCUGUAAACGGUCCCGUGCAUUUUCUGCCCUCCGCCACCGCCACCCAGCCCCCCGCCCCCGACCCCCCUCUUUGAAGAUGAAACGUAGGAUGCAUAAUUGUAUUGAGAGCAGAGUUUUCAGUUUCAAAUUGAUACCACAAACGUUGUUAGAGUCCGUAGAAAUGCGUCGGGACGCCAGACAUACCGAUGAUACAAAGCGAAUUGCCUUCUCGUAAUUAACAAAUGACGUGUUGCCUUCUAACAAAGAAAAAAAAACAUAUUAAAAAAAAUGAAGUUCUAGCAAUUUGUAUCGUAAAGAAAAAAAAAAUGAUAAUACCAUCGACUUUGUCCAGAGUACUUAAGGGAACCUCACGUAGCCUCCAUCAUCCCCCCCUGUAUCCCCGAUACCCCCGUAAGACCCCCACGACCACCCGCCCCUCCUCGUCGGCAUAGAAUUUUGUAAUUUUUCUCAAGAGUAACGAACAAACGGAAAAUACAGAGAAAAUUUUCGCAA